AACAAAUGGCUAACAGCUAAAAUCCUAUUCACCUCCUCUUCUCAUCUCUCUCUUUUAGUUCCAACUAAAGGCCAAAUGGGAGGAACUCCUCCCUGCGCUUCCUGCAAGCUGUUAAGAAGGCGCUGUGCUAAAGACUGCAUCUUUGCUCCUUUCUUCCCUUCAGAUGAGCCCCAAAAGUUUGCUAUUGUUCACAAGGUCUUUGGAGCCAGCAAUGUCAGUAAGAUGCUUCAGGAUCUCCCUUUCCAACAGAGAGCUGAUGCUGUAAGCAGCCUUGUCUAUGAAGCCAAUGCAAGAAUAAGAGAUCCUGUAUAUGGCUGCGUUGGUGCAAUCUCCCAGCUGCAAAACCAAGUUAAGCAACUUCAGAUGCAGUUGGCCAUGGCUCAUGCUGAGAUCUUAUGCUUUCAGAUGCAGAAUGAUUCUUCUUCCUUGGUAAAUCCGCAGCUCGGAGUCGAUGACGACAGUGAUGACAAUAAAUCCUUCUUGCUGAACAAUAACAUGAUCAUGGCCAGUAUUCCUCAAUCCAUGAAUUUCUCUUCUUCCAGCAGUGUGUUUCCUGAGUCUCUCAAGAGAGAAUCCCUUUGGAUAUAGCAAAGCACUUCAAUAAUUUACUGUGCUAAUGA